AUGGGGGCCCAUACUUCCAAGCAUUCAGGCUGGACUCCUCCAGGCGAUAAGGCUUCCGCGGAGCCUUUCCGCCCGAGAGAGGACUCUGAUACCCCUCUUCAAUUUGUUCUCUUAAACUGGAAAGAGUUGAGAGGGAGGAAAGGACUCUCAAAGUCCAAACUAAGGGACCUUUGCAACAUCUCGUGGGUCGCUUUUACCCACCACCUAGAGCCGGCCUCGCAAUGGCCACCUCACGGUUCCUUUAAUCUUGUGAAGAUGCAAGCACUUAAGUCGUAUCUGGCAGAUGAAAACCCCCGACAACUGUACUAUCUCAAUGCCUUCGUUGAAGCCCGUGAAUUGUUUCAACGGCAACAAACCCAAAUCGUUCGGCAAAUGGCUGUUUUAAAAACGACCAGGCCUCCUCCAUAUGAUGAGAUUAGAGCCCAGGAGGAACAAUUGGAUAGGACCCUCGUCUCUUUCUACUAUCCCGAACCACAAGCCCCCCGACCACCUGAAUCCAGGGCAGGAGACAGAACAGGAGCCGGUGGGGGAGGCGCGGGACCCGUGGAAAACGUAACAAAUCCACCCGCCGCUGCCCCUUCUCAAGGCACAUCAAGUACAUCGCCGCCUAACCCUUCCCCAAGUGCGUCCAAUAUAGAAGACCAAGUAGAUUCGGACCUAGGACCCCUACUUAACGGGCAACUUCUCAACGGAGAAAGAGAGGGACCCGUCUCCAGUAGAACUCGGAAUAGGGACAAUCUGCAGAACGGAGAAAUAGAGGGAGCUUUCCCCUGA